GCUGGGACUUAUCCAUACCCGAGGCAGAGGGAACUAAGCCCCCGGGGAGCAACGUCACUCCCCUUGGCAUAUUACCCACUGUCCACUGUAUGCGCCCAACACACCGCGACAGAGGACGUCAGGAUCGCAGCCAUCCUCAACUCAACGCGAAAUGCUCCGCGAAGUGACUCGAACUCCGGCAAUCCUCCCCGAUUCCGUGCGUCUCGGCGAGGAGGCAUUCACAUGUUCCGGCAUACAAGCGGGAUAAAUAACUCCCCGGCGAAGUAGGAAGGUCAUUUAAAGUGGAAAGAGUGCUCGCGUCGGGCACGGCGCGUUGGUAAAUAGAAAAAAAGGAAAGGAGAGGAAACAUCACAACGAAGCCAACAUUUGUAACUUCGGGAUUUACUUGUGAAAAAAAACAAAAAAAUUUUAAAAAGCGCUUCUGUUGGAGAUCGUGGAAUAUUUCUGAGUGUAAACAUGCCUGUGAGAAGAGGUCACGUUGCGCCACAAAACACUUUCCUUGGAAUAAUUAUUCGGAAAUUCGAGGGUCAGAACCGGAAAUUUGUGAUAGCCAACGCCAGGGUGGAGAACUGUGCAAUCAUCUACUGCAAUGAUGGCUUCUGUGAGAUGACAGGCUUCUCCAGACCGGACAUCAUGCAGAAGCCGUGCACCUGCGACUUCCUCCACGGCGACCUGACGGACAAAGAGGCCAUCAGCCAGGUGGCACAGGCGGUGCUCGGCUCAGAGGAGCGCAAGGUGGAGAUCACCUACUACCGCAAGGAUGGGACCGACUUUCAGUGUAACAUUCACGUGAUCCCGGUGAAGAAUGAAGAGGGCGUGGUGAUGAUGUUUAUCUUAAAUUUUGAUUACGUGGUGGAUGAGGGAAGUGACAACUCCACAGAGAAGAUAAGCCCCACGUCCCCUACAAAGUCAGAUCAAAGGAGAAGUAGAUUCUUCCGCUUCCGCCAGGCUGCUUUGAGCCUAAUGAACACCAACAAGCAAUCUCUUCCACAAGAGGACCCAGACGCUGUGAUGGUGGACUCGCCCAAAGAGGACGAGGACUCGGUGGCCCUGGAGAGUUUUCCAUCACCCACCAAGAGCAUCUGCAGUCCCAUCGAGGCCAACGACACGCACGCCCUCAUAGGCUCGAGCCAUCACUCCUCCCAGGGUAGCAUCGGUCCCGAACCCGUUGACCAUUCAUCCCCUAAACUCCCCUGGGAGAAGCUGUACCACGCAGAGCCACACCAGUCCUCUACCUCCCUGUCAAACACCUUCCCCAGAGGCAGCAUCAGUAGCAUGAGGAGAGCCUCAUCCGUCCAUGAAAUUGAGGGCUAUAGCUCCAAUUCCAAAAGCUUAUUCAGGGAUCGGCAUACAAGUGAAGGCCCUUUCAACCAUGUGAAGUCCAGCCUGCUCGGCUCUACCUCUGAUUCCAAUAUCAACAAGUAUAGCACAAUCAACAAGAUCCCUCUGAUUGCACUCAACUUCUCAGAGGGGACGGAUAAGAAGACUCAUUCUCCGCCAACAUCUGAGAAACCCAUCAUAGCACCGAAAGUUAAAGAAAGGACUCAUAAUGUCACAGAAAAAGUCACACAGGUCCUGUCACUCGGAGCUGACGUGCUGCCAGAGUACAAACUCCAGACAGCUCGCAUUGACAAGUUCACCAUCCUCCACUACAGCCCCUUCAAAGCGGUGUGGGACUGGCUGAUCCUGCUGCUGGUCAUCUACACGGCUAUCCUCACUCCGUACUCUGCAGCUUUCCUUCUCAAUGACCAGGAGGAGCAGAGGAGGCUUGAAUGCGGAUACUCCUGCAGCCCUCUUAAUGUAGUGGAUUUAAUGGUGGACAUCAUGUUCAUCAUUGACAUCCUCAUAAACUUCAGGACCACUUAUGUAAACCUGAAUGAGGAAGUGGUGAGCCAUCCUGCAAAGAUAGCGAUCCACUAUUUUAAAGGCUGGUUCCUCAUAGACAUGGUGGCAGCGAUCCCUUUUGACCUUCUUAUCUUCGGCUCAGGAUCAGAUGAGACUACCACUCUGAUUGGCCUGUUGAAGACGGCGAGGCUUCUGCGAUUGGUGCGUGUAGCCAGGAAGCUGGACCGCUACUCUGAAUAUGGAGCUGCAGUCCUCAUGCUGCUCAUGUGCAUCUUUGCCCUAAUUGCCCACUGGUUAGCCUGUAUAUGGUACGCCAUUGGCAAUGUAGAGCAGCGCUACUUGGAGCACAAGAUUGGCUGGCUGGACAAUCUGGGCGUGUCCAUAGGAAAGAGAUACAACUACAGCAAUCCCAGCAAUCCCAGCUCUGGUCCCUCCAUCAAGGACAAGUAUGUCACAGCACUUUACUUCACCUUCAGCAGUCUGACCAGUGUGGGCUUUGGAAAUGUUUCCCCAAACACCAACUCAGAGAAGAUCUUUUCCAUAUGUGUCAUGCUGAUUGGCUCUCUCAUGUAUGCCAGUAUCUUUGGAAAUGUCUCGGCCAUCAUCCAGAGGUUGUAUUCAGGCACGGCCCGCUAUCACGCUCAAAUGUUACGGGUCAAAGAGUUCAUCCGCUUUCACCAGAUUCCCAACCCACUGAGGCAACGGCUGGAAGAGUACUUCCAGCACUCAUGGACCUACACCAACGGCAUCGAUAUGAACACGGUGUUAAAAGGUUUCCCUGACUGCCUGCAGGCAGAUAUCUGCCUUCACCUCAACAGGAAUCUUCUGCACAACUGCAAAGCUUUUCAAGGAGCCACCAAAGGCUGCUUGAGGGCUUUGGCCAUGCGCUUCAAAACCACUCACGCGCCUCCUGGAGACACUCUGGUCCAUGGCGGCGAUGUGCUCACUGCCCUCUACUUUCUGUCCCGUGGCUCGAUCGAGAUCUUGAAAGAUGAUAUUGUGGUUGCCAUCCUGGGAAAAAAUGACAUAUUUGGAGAGAUGAUCCAUCUGUUUGCCAAGCCUGGAAAGUCCAAUGCUGAUGUGCGAGCUUUAAGUUACUGUGACUUGAGCACCAUUCAGAGAGAAGAUCUGCUGGAGGUGCUGGACAUGUACCCAGAGUUUGCUGACUGCUUCUUUAACAACCUGGAGCUUACAUUUAACCUCAGAGAUGAGCCUGUCAAGCCCUCCAGUGUCCAGGGCUGUGAUUCAGAUGGCGAGGGCAAUAAAAGUAUAAAAAGGAGAAUUUCUUUCACUUCAGAUCUAUCUAAAGGGGAAAACAAGGAAGCGGUAAAAGAUGUUCAAAGGGAGAGAGAGUCGAACUCGUGCCUAAAGAGAAGCUCUGUAGUCCUGGGUCCCUCUUCGCUCAAUGUUCCGGUUCUAGACCCAGAUCUUAUUGUCAGAGAGAGCUUGGACAGAAGAUCAUCUUUUGAAGAUCUGUGCUGUGAUAAAUGGGCCUGUAAGAAGCCUACAGACUACCUGGAUGAGUCAGCACAGUUCCAGGACCUGAGAGAGGAUGAUAAUUCUGCCAGCGAACUCACAUACGGGGAGGUGGAACAACGCUUAGGUCAGCUUCAAGAGCAUUUAAACAGGCUGGAGUCUCAGCUGAUAUCAGAUAUUCAGACCAUCCUGCAGCUGCUGCAGAGACAGCCGACUCUGGGACCUCCUGCCUACAGCACUGUGACUGCCAGUCCUGACUACCACAGACCUGCUGUGAAGGUUCAGCCAGCUGCUCUGACUGCUAGCCAUUUUUUCAGCCAUACAGGAGCUCAAGGCCCUAACAAUAAAGUGGACAGCACCGUUCAGGAACCCAAAGACUCUCUUUCGAGCUUGGGAAAUGUGAAUGCACCCAUCAAGGACAGCCUUACAGCGCUGCUUGGACACAGACACACUGAGUCACAACAUCAGCAACAACAGAUCACAGGGCAGCAACAGUCAGCAUUGAUCCUUCUUCCAGCUGAAACUCCUUGCCCCUCUUCCUCUUCCUUGCUGUCACCUUCUGACUCCAACAUCAACACCACGGGAUUCCACAGACCUCUCUCAGACCCAGAGUUUCCAAGGCCAUAAACCUUUCAGCAACACUGUAUUCCAAUAUCUGGGUUGUAAUGCUGUAAUUACUAAGUAGCAGUUUUUAUUUUUUAUCAGCAUGCUGGCACAGACAUCUGUAUUGUUAAUUUGCAGUGGCUUGGUAAUAGAAAUAAGGUGUUCUUUCAUUGUGCAUGUGGAUAAAACACUGUCCUUUGCAGGUAACAGGGAAAUAAGAAAGUGUUUCCUGCAGUUGCCAGUGUAAUAACAAUGGUGACAUAUUUUAACAGUAGCUCUGUCAAAACAGCAUCAAAUCUAUAAUCAUCACCAUUCAUUUUCGCUCUAUUAAUGCAUAUGCAGAUGCCCAGCGAUGAAUCUGCUCAACCUGGUGAAGAUUACUGCCCCUAUAUGAGGACAGCACUUCCUCAGCCACUAAGUCUGCAGCUUCUAACUAAAUUCUACUUAAUCUGCAGGGAUGCUGGUUAAAGUACUCCACUUGGUUGCAAUAGAACAGCAUUACAACAUCCAACCAACUUUUUAUUUCACCAAGGCUUUGCACUCUAAUGGGCUCUGCAUUUAUUCCUGUGACUCGGAUGCAGUUUUCUAUGUUCCCACACAGUUUGUGGCACCGGACUGGGCCGCCAGACCGGGGUCAGCAAGAGUGAACUCCACAUGACCCGCCGUCAUGAAAUCUGCCACCGUCAGAGACGAGCACCAGAGUACAACUCGACAGUACAUUCACAGCUUCACUCAUGAACGGCAAACAAAGGCCCGGUGAUGCUGAAAGUCAGAGACAGAAAGGUGUGUCCCAUCCGCCACCAUCACUCACUCUGCAAGAAGAGCUGACUGACCUACCUCACACCAGACAGGUUCAAUGACCAGCACUCUAGACAUCAGUGCAUCACAUCCAAUAGCUUUCUUCCUAGUGUCAGCUGCAGAGCUGGGGACAGACUGGCUCCCCGACUACCAGGCCAUGGCCACCAGAACUCGCCAGUCCGAGCAAAAACCCACCAUAUGGCUCUAGUCAGCUGCUCCUCAGAGCUCCCUGUUAAAGGAUAUGGAAGAGAUGAGCAGGCUUGAUAAGCAUCCAGGUGGAUACCAACAACACAGGUACUUAGAGCAAGUCCAGGCCAAAAACCCAUCCUUUCUGUUCUGGCAAAAGGAGAAGUGAAGAUGACAUCAGCACCACAUAAGCAGUCUCACAAACUCUUAUAGGUACAAAACAUGGGUCAGAAAAAAGCUGAAUAAAGGUUAGCUGAUAGACAGCUACUAAACCUCCACUACCAGUACUUCUGUGCAGAAAACAAGAGAGAGGGGUGAUAUAAGGCCACAGAUACAGGUCACCUUCCCACAUACAGCCAGGACAAAUGUACUGCCAAGAAAAUUCAUGUCCACCAACUGAUAGGAUCUUGAAAUGUUUAUAGACAAGAAUUUGCCAGCAACUCUGUCAAGCCUUUUCUAACUCUCAUGCUUGUAGUGCGAAGAGGGAAAGGUUGUCUCUCCAAACGCUGAGUGUCAGCACAGAGCAGCUCCUGUAUUACUCACUGCCAAAGUGCAACGCAAUUGAUCGCUCUCGCUACACUCCAGAGUAACAGGCGAGAAGAGAUGGAAGUUUCGACUAAAGAUUGUAAAUGCUGGAUGGCCGCGGCACAUCGCUGUUACUAAGGCUGGCUGGCAGCUGGUGAGCAGAGACAUGUUUGUUCAAGCAGCUGACUGGUGCAGCCUGAGACUAGGAAACAAGAAUGCAAGCCAAAAGCAGGGCAAAAGCUUUGCGUCCUCUUUGGCAUUGUACAAGUGCGAGCACCUGAAGUAUGAAGCAAGCAGCUUUGACACGACAUGAAAAUGACGACACAGCCAGUCGCUGAAACUGCUGUAUAGCACUUGCCACUGAGGCACUGACAAGGAAGUGGAAAUAUAUACUGUGAAUUUCCUCUGCUGGGACUGAAGAUCUUGCAUGAAACUGCCCACAUGGAUACAGUCACUGAUGAACCUGGUCAUUAAUGCUAGAGCCUGUUAGGAGCCUAAAGCCUAGUGGGAUACAUAUAUACAUUCUUGCAUUUAGAGGGCCCAACCUGCAUAUGAACAGACUAUAUGAUUUUUUUCUGCAGCUAUUAGUGUAAUACAGCAUUAUUACAAAGGUGUGACAAGUUUUCUUACUUGUAGUUGUCUGCCUGUCUUCUCUGAAGUGUGACUCAGGGGUUAUGGACAAUUGCACUGCAAUAUACAGUACAGUAUCAAACAUA